AUGCCAGCAGCAACUUCGCCUACUCUUGAACGGUCCAGCCUCCAUUUACAUUCGCUUGAGAAAAUCUCUGGCUUACCAGUAAUCAGCUCAACAAUUAAUCUCACUCAAGGAAUCUAUGGAAGAGUAAAAGAAUCGACAGCUGCUUCCAAAGUAAUUUUUGAGUUAGCUGAACACUCUGUUCAGAAAGCUGCGCAAUUAGCCGAACCGGUUGCCAUGACUUUGGAAAAACCUAUCAAAUUAGCUGAUUCCGUUGUUUGCAGUACCAUAGAUAUUGUAGGAAAUCAAAUAGAAAAAGCAAGAGAAGCUCCUCAAAAGCUCACAAAUGUCAUAACGUCACCGGUAAAACCUGCGAUGAAUUAUGUAAAAGAAGUAGGCAGCUAUGGUGUUCAGACAGUUGGUUAUUUGUACAGUAAAUUGGGAUCUCCACGAACACAGUCAGAGAAGCAGACGGAGACGGAGCCUGAAUGCGAAAGUGAGAAAAUAAAUGAACCGGAAAAGCAGG